UAUCGGUCAAAUACUCAAAUUAAAUUAUAGUGAUACACAGACCUACAAUACUACCUAACAAUAAUUAACAAUAACAAUAACAACAAUAAUUAUUUAGUAUUUACAGUUUGUGACAGUUUUAUUAAAUCAUUAUCGUUUUUAUUAGGCAAUGUUGUAAUGGAAAUGCAAUUUUUAUUUUUUACAUAAUAAAUGCAAAUAGUUUUUAGCUCAUUUUCACCCUCUGUAAUAUUACUUAUACCUAUUUAUCUUUGUGAAAAAUUAGUAAUGACCAAACUCUAACCAAUUAUUGUGGCAUUUAACGUCCUAAAGAAAUUCAAAGUGAUGGAGGUCAAUGUUUAAUCUAAACUUGAAUGUUAUCUAUUGUGUUUUUGAAAUUAUAUUAUUGUUUAAUAUGAUUUUAUCAAUUUCCAAUAGUGUGUAUACUUUACACCAAGAUCAAUAUAGAAGCACUUUAUUUGGAUACCGUACGGUGGUGCGUGUCCUUCGGUCCUUGUCAAGUCGGCGCCGCCGACGCUACACCAUCGUCAGCACUGUAAACAACGGAGGCGGCAGCGGGACUACCACCUCUCGCCUACCGACCGACCGUCGUCGGCGGUGCGCGCGCGUCUCCUAACGACACCACUCGCGCGCGCCUCUGCGUCGGCAAUAAUCGCGAUUCGCGACUGCCGGCCGCCGGGCGGCGGGCAGUGUACCGUCUAAUUCCGUGGCGUGCGUUUACGUUGUGGUGUCUCAAGUGACCGCCGUUCCGAUCUAUUGGUCCGCCGUCGUCGUCGUCGUGACGCGCAAAUCAUUUUUCACGGUUGUCGUAAAAAAAUAUUAUAUUGUAUACAUUAAAAAUAAUUUUCAUGAACAGUAAACUCGUUUUACAACUGUUAUCGAAUUGUGCGCGCGUGAUACCGCUUCCGUCGCACACACAUAAUAUAAUAUAUUAUAAAAGUAUUACAUAUUAUAUUAUAAUAUAUGUACGGACUGUGAUCGCCACUGGUGGUGGUUGUGUCUGUGGUGUACAACUGGUGUAUUGCAUCUCGUUAUCGUGCAAUAAUAAUAACAUGUAAUAUUAUGCUCGAGGCCAAUCGAUCCACGGUUUCCUGUUAAUGGUAUCCUCCGCAUUCACAUGGUGAGCACUAUCCCACCGGCGACGCAUUCGAACUUUCUUCGAUGACAAUCACAUCUCUGUUUGUUUGAUGGUACUAGAAUCGAAAGGAGAGCCUAGCACUGAUGGAAUCCAAAAUAGAAUUGGAAUUAAAGGGGUUUCCUAUACAUCUAACGAAGGCCAUAAACAAGAAUUUGUUCAUAUUGAAAUUGACAUGCCUCCAGCUAAUGGCCAUUUAAAUGAACGUCAAAGGCAGCCAUUAUUGGGUCUAUGUAAACAAGUUACAACAGCCAUUAGUAAUGGUGUUGGUUGGGAAUCAAGAAAUGAUUCAAAUACGGACAAUUGUGAGCAUCAACGGCCUAAUAUGGGUCAUAUACACCAAGCCUUGGCAGAUAACAAACAUCAACCUGAUAGUGGGACAACACCUACUGAAGAUGAUAAUGAUUUUAGUCACAAAUAUCUCAACAACAAUGCCAAUGGAGCAGCUGUGCACAUUGAUAUACCAAAUAAUGUUAAUGUGUUACCAUCAAAUGAUAAAAUUAGGAUCCCACAAGAGAAAUUCAAGACUUUUGUUGCAUUAAUAUUGUUGAUUGUGAAUUUUCUAAUCACCACUACAUCUUUGGCUGUUGUCCAUGAAAGAGUGCCUGAUCGUAGUCUGUACAAACCAUUACCGGAUACAUUUUUAGAUGCUGUACCUGCUCGAGACUGGGCAUUAGAUGUAUCAGAAAUAUUUAUCAUUGUCAGCACAAAUUUAACAUUGUUAAUUAUUGCCAGUCAUAAGUAUAGGUUUAUUGUACUACGUAGACUGAUGUUCAUGUUGUCUCUUCUAUAUCUUCUUCGCUCUGUCACUAUGUUUGUAACUGUAUUGCCCACAUCUAGUACCACUUAUUACUGUUCGCCCAAAGCCAACUCAACAAAUCCAGUACUAAUUGCUAGACGUGUAUUCCAGUUAUUUUCUGGUUUUGGUUUGUCAAUCAAUGGCAAACACACAUUUUGUGGCGAUUAUAUAUAUAGUGGACAUACCACAAUUUUAGUCAUGAGCUACUUAAUCACCGUUGAAUACUCUCCCAGACGAUGGUAUUUAUUGCAUUGGGCUUCAUGGUUGUUGGCAGCUGUUGGAGUAUUAAUGGUACUCCUAGCACACGGUCACUAUACUAUUGAUGUGAUUAUAGCAUACUUGGUUACUACACGACUGUUUUGGAUAUACCAUACAUUAGCUAAUAAUGUUUAUCUAAAGCAUAGCAGUUCCAAUAAUUAUUUAUCACGGUCAUGGUGGUUUUGGAUGUUCAGAUACUUUGAAGGAAAUAUCAAUGGUCCAAUACCUCGUCAAUAUGAUUGGCCUUUACCAUGGCCUCGACGAUUCACAGCCGCCAAAUAUCCAAAUCGAGAUAGUUAGCCCAGGUUGCGAAUUUCGUCUAUAAAAAAAUGUUCCUUGGCUGUAUAAUAAUAAUAAAAUUUAAAACAAUAUCACCAAAAACUAAUUAACAUUUCCAUACUCACAACUAUUCCUACUUCUUUGACAUAUAUAUAUAUAUAUAUAUAUAUAUAUAUAUAUUUGUUAUUUAAAAUUUAAUAUGUUCAUAAUAUAUAUAUAUAUAUUUACAUUGUUACAUGCCUACUGUUUGCUCAAACAACUUCAUAAUUUAUGUAUACUUAUCUUAAAAUUAUUAAAAAUUUCUUCAAAAUAAUAAAGACAAUUUUUAAAAAAAAAACAUUUAAUCUAAAUUACAUUAUUAAUAACAGUUUGUUUAGUUUUAUUAGCAAUUGAACUGGUAUUUAUAGUUUUUACAAGUAUAUGCUGGGAAUUUAGUGAUAAUUGUCUUAUUAUUUUAAAGUAGUUAAUUUCUUUUUAUAGUUGAUGUUUUUAAAUAUUAAAUUCACUUUCCUAAGAUUUUAAAAUUCAUAGUUAAAUUAAUUUUUAGAUAACAAAAUUAAUUUUAUAUAAAUAUAUAAAUUAUUUAUUAGUGUGUAACAAUGUGUGUAUAUAUAUAUAAUAUGUAUGUAUAUUAUAAAAUAUAUGUAGUGUCUUAUAGUGUUUGAAAUUAUUUUGUGUUAGCAGAAUUUCCAUUUUCUCUUCACAUUUAAAAGUAAAAUAUUGUGGGAUACAUUCAUAUACAUAAAAUAUUUAUCUAUAUAUACAUAAUAAUCAAAGUAAAUUUUACUCCUUUGACCUUUCUAUUUACAUUUUAAAAUUAAUAUGUAUAUUUUUUUGCCAAUUGUUCUUACUACAUCUUUCUCCUUACAGUAUUAAAACAAUUAAAACUAAAUGUAAUACCUAUUGUCGUCAGUAUUUUUAAUUGAUAAUCCGUAUUCAUUCUUCUAUGCAUUCAUGAAUUUACUAAUAAAUAUUUACAUAUAAAUAUAAUUAUUUAUUGAAAACCCUACCUUUUUUUUUAUUGACAAAUUGUGGUUUCUUUGUUUGUAAUUUUUAAUGUUUAAAAGUGGUUAUUUUUGUUUUAAUUUUUAAUAAUAUUUAACUUUAGUUAUUUUUUUUACUUUGGUUUAUUUUACAAAAUUGUUUAAAAAAGAACAAAAAUGGUUAUUUUAAUAAUAAUUUAUGUUAUCAGUGGCAUAUUUUCAAAGAUUUUUGCAAAGGAUCAUAAAUUAACUUAAAUCUAUUUUUAUUAUAUUACAUUUACAAAAUAUGUAGCUAUACCAUGACUAAUAUUAGAGUUGUUAAUAUUUUAGCUCUUGAUAUUAUUGUUAUUAAUACAAUUCAAUAUAUUAUAUAAACAAUAGAAUAUAUGAAAUUAUAAUUCAGUAUUGUAUGGUCUCAAAUUAUGUAAAUUUAAUUUUUUUUUUUUUGAUAAAGUAAUAUUAUAAUAUUCUGGGACAAUUCUUGUAAAUAUGCCACUUUAUUAUGUUAUUAUAGUUACUUGUUCUUGUUUUUCUUUGUUAAAACAAUAAUGUUGUAGCAUAGAACAAAAUGAAUUAUUAUUAUUAUUAUAAAAAAAAAUAUUUAUGUUAACUUAAUAUUUAAUUAUUAUUAUCUAGUCUUUGUUAAUUCUAAAACAAUUUUUUGUCAGGAUCAGAUCUCUUGUGUUUAAGGGGGUGUGCUUGACUAUUUCUUCCCCAUGUAAAUCUACCAGAUAUUUUGGUCAGAUCUGCCCUUGAAAUGUUGCAAUAUAAUAUUACUUGAUUUACUAUGUAUAAUUAUUUUAUAAAUGUAAUCAAGUAUUUUGUUUUUAGUUAAUUUUUUUACUGUUUAAAAAUUUACUUGACUUCUUAAUCUAUGUUUAAAAAGUUGAGUGAUUUAUUCCCUAAAAUAUUAGUUAAUAGGUGAAACAUUUGCAUUUAAAUUGUAAUUCUAUAUGUUUUUAUAAUCAAAUAGUACAGUUUAUUUUCGAUGAAUUAUCAAUUGAGGUCCGUCCUUACAAAAAGUAUUGAUAUCAGUGGUUAAUAUUAAUAAUGUAAUGAAUAAAUAAUGACCAUAUAAUUAUUAUUUAAUUUUUGUUGAAAACUGUUGUAUACAUUCCUAGAAGUCUUUUACAUUAUUAAUGGACUGGACUAGGCAAAAGAGUAAUAUUUUUCAUUCCGUUCAGAAUAUACAAUUUUAUUAAAUAAACACCAGUCAUUAACUCCAUUUUUGUACAAAAAUUGUGCAAAAUGGUGGUGUGCUUAUAUUACAUGUAAGCAGCUUUCGUGCUUCUUUAGAUUGUCUGUGAUAGUCAUUGUGUGUUGCACUGACUAGCUAGGAAAUAAUGUUGUUACCUACCUGGAGUUUUUAUUUUUUCUACAUGUCCAUAUAUUGUUUCAAAGUAAUGUGUUUUUUUUCUUGAUAAUUAUAACAAUUUAAUAAAUUGUCCAUUUCUGUGAUUUAAUAAAAAAAAAUCAAUAAUGAUAGUUGUAAAAAAAAAAGAAGGAAUAAUCAAAUAUUGUUUUAGAAUGUUAAGAAAAUUAUUUUAGUCCCUUCAAUGUUCUGUUCAUUUUUCAUUGUUGUUUUUAAAGGACUAUUUUGAAAUGUACAAUUAUAAUUUUCUAUCAGUAUUUUGAAUAUUAAUAAAAUUAAAUUUGUAGUGUUUUUGCUUA